AUGGCGAUUGGAGUAAAGGCAUUAGGUUUCUCUUUUGUGGCUCACUUCCUGGGUAUCGCUGGUGCGGCUAUGGUGCUUGUUUGGUGUAUAGGCUUCAGGGGUGGUUUAGCAUGGGAAGCUUCAAAUAAAAGUCUCAUCUUUAAUAUUCAUCCGGUUCUCAUGCUUAUAGGGUUGAUUAUCAUUGGGGGUCAAGCCAUUAUGAGUUACAAAUCCCUCCCAUUGAAUAAGCCAGAGAAGAAACUAAUCCAUUUAGUUUUGCAUGCUAUUGCUCUCAUACUUGGGAUUAUUGGAAUAUACACCGCAUUCAAAUAUCACAAUGAAAGCAGUAUUGCCAAUUUAUAUAGUUUACACUCCUGGCUUGGAAUUGGUGUUAUCAUUCUCUAUGGCAUUCAGGCCUUGCAAAAUAUGGCUCAGAGGCCUUCCUUGUGA